AUGGGCAUAGAAGCUGCUCCCGACCAUCCAGAAGGCUCGAUCCAAUCUGCACCCCCAAGCGCUUUGCGAUGGACGGACGAGCAUGAUCCAGAGAACCCAUUCAACUGGCCAGCGACGACGCGAUGGAGAGUGGUAGGUCUGGCAUGUUACGUUACUUUUAUUGUUGGAUGGAAUGCCACCACCAUCUCGGGCGCAGCGCUGGAAAUCAGCGAAUACUUCGGCGUCAGUGAUGAGCACUUCCCCAAUUCAUUCUGGCCCGUUACGUCUUGGGCAACCGGUGCUGCGAUUGCCCCUAUGAUUGUGCUGCCUAUUAUGGAGGAUUUUGGCGUUCGUCCAGGUUACCUGGUCUCAUAUUUCACGUUUUCAAUCUUCGUCAUCCCGCAAGCUGUGGCCAAGAAUUUCGCGACACUGAUCGCCACUCGCUUCUUCGCUGGCUGUUGCGCUGGAAUCCUACAGGAUGGGACCGACGGCAUUGUCGCCGACUUGUUCCCCAGUCCUGUGAAGCGAAGCCUACCGAUCAGCUGUUACGUGUUUUCCCUGCUCGCAGGUGUUACAAUCGGUCCAGUCAUUGGCGGUGCGAUCAACGCACACUUGAAUUGGCGAUGGAUAUUCUACAGCCAACUGUGCAUCUACUUUGGCUCACUCCCGUUUGUGUUCUUCCUCAUGAAAGAAACUCGGGGUCCUGUCAUCCUGUUGAAGCGGGUCAAAAAUGCACCUAAUCAAGAACCAUCCAAUAUCUCCGAGCUGGAAAAACAACAGCAUCACGUCAAUAUUCUGCAGUUCGUGAAGGACAACGUUGUACGGCCCGCCUAUAUGCUCGUCACGGAGCCGGUUGUCUUCUUCUUCACCCUCCUGACCGCACUAUCCUACGGUAUCGUCUUCGUCUCGUCGCAGAGCGUGGCCCAAGUCUUCAUGACGCUGUAUGGCUGGCCAGAGCACCAAACCGCCUACAUGCAAUCGGCGGUCGUGGUCGGCGAAUUCCUCGGCCUCCUCAUAUGCCUGUACCAGAAUCACCUGUUCGAAAAGGCGUUCCGACCCGAAAGUCGCACACCCAAGUCUCGACUGCCAGAAGUCCGCCUGUACAUGAGCAUUCCCGGCUCUUUCAUCGGACUGAGCGGCGGACUCUUCUGGUACGGCUGGACAAGCUACAGCUCGUUGCAUUGGAUCCUGCCCGCCAUCGGCCUGACCCUCACCGGCAUCGGCAGCAUGGUGGUCAUGCAGGCCGUCAUGAUGUAUCUGACGGAUGCUUAUGCAAAGUAUGCUGCGAGUGCAAGCGCCGCCGCCUGCGCGGGAGAAAACGUCUUUGCCGCAUUCUUGCCUCUGGCGGCUCAGGCAAUGUACACCAACCUCGGUUUUCACUGGGCGAGCAGUGUUCUGGCCUUUAUUGCUCUCGCCUUGAGCUUCGCGCCUAUAGUGCUCAUUUUCUACGUGCUGCCGGCGAUCGACCCUCUUGCUCAACCUCCGAGGUUCAAACUCACCGUGUUUCUGAUUCUGCCCCGAACCCUCCUACCGGCGGUUGUUGCGUCGACUGUGGCAGUGGUCGAACUGCAUGUGACGAUGGUUGCAUCCGUAAGAUCGCUGCAAUCGAAUGUCGUGCCACUUGCGGAAACCAACCCAGAAACAUUCCUCCCCUUGACCUUGAUGAGUGUCCCGAAAAAUGCUGCCGGGAUGCUGGAAGCAGCGCCACUGUCAACAAGAAACCCGUACCCGAGUCUACCUCACGCAACCGAGAAGACGCUUGUCACAGCCGCCGCACGAACAUUCAAGGACCGAGCGAUAUCACUGCCAAGAAGAAAGAGCCGUGUGGUAGCACAGGGAGCAUUACAGCGUGUGGUGGUGAUCGAUACGGCUUCUGAGAAAGACACAUGCUGUGCCAAUAAGCCGGGACUUCACAACUCCGCUCAAGAAGACGACAGCUGCUGUGCUUCGAAACCAGCCACUGGCUGUUCUGAGAAGAAAGACUCUUGCUGCGCUAAGGAAGCAGACGCCUGUUGCGCCGAGAAGGAGGACACCUACUAUACCGAGAAGCAAGAUGCUUGCUGUGCCAAGAAGGAAGACGCCUGCAGUGCUAAGGAAGCAGACUCCUGCUGUGCCCAGGAAGAUACCUGCUGCGCUAAGAAAGAAGACACCUGCUAUGCCGAGAAGGAAGACGCCUGUUGUGCUGAGCAAGAGGACACCUGCUGUACUGGCAAAAAGGAAGCUCUGAUUUCUCAGGCGCCAAUCGAUGGUUGCAAGCAGGGCUCCUCAUGUUGUGAUAUCAGCACUUCAAGCAAAGCGAAGGACCUCUCGCCAGCUCCUUAUGAAGGAAAGCGGCAGCAGACGACAGUCGAUACUUGCAUUCACCAUCUUCAAAAAGCAUUUGCUGAAUAUUCCAGUUAUAUCGAGAAAGGCCGGUGUAUUUGCCGCAGUGUUCUCGAUCGCCUCGACACCUGCUGCGGAGAAGUUGUUCCUAAGAAGGCCAUCACUGACGACCUGACUUCCUCGUUCGGAAAGUCAACUGCACUUGCAAGCACCCAACAGCUUCCAGUUCGCCGUCAAGCGUCACGGGCGUGCGGGAAAAGUUGUUGCGAUAAGACGGCUCAACGCAAUAAGGCCGAGGUGCAGUCCUGUUCGCUCGACAAGGUCGAGAUAUCAAGUGAUUGGUCUAGAAAAUCGAUCAAUGUCAGAACGAAGGAGGUUGAUGUCGAAGAUGCUGCUGCUCGCGAACAUGUUCUUCUCAGUGUUGCUGGCAUGACGUGCACAGGCUGCAGCAGAAAAGUGUCCAACGUUCUCAAAAACAUAGAUGGUCUAUCCUCGAUCAAAGUCACCUUUGUGACUGCUUUGGUUGAAUUUGAUCUCAACACUUCGAUCACAAACUUGGAACAAUUGAUUCCACCUAUGGAGAAAGAGACCGGGUUCAAGUUUUCCAGGAUCAUAAGCAACUUCCAGUCGUUGGACUUGAGAAUCGAUCGCACUACUGCUACACAUGCCAAAGAGGAUCUUGAAGCCCUGUCCGAAUCCGUUGAACAGCUCGACAAGUUUACUUUUCGUGUCAACUACGAUCCGACUAUCAUUGGUGCACGAAAACUCCUGUCGUCUAUCAGGGGAGCAAGUCUUGUUCCACCACAGAAUGACGCCAAAACAGCUGAUGGCAGGCGGCGUCUUGUCAAGAUGGCUUGGUUCACGGCACUAGCUACGGUAUUGACGAUUCCUGUUGUCGUAUUGGCAUGGGCUCACACUCCCGUGCCGUAUACAACCCGAUCAAUCAUCUCACUGGUUCUUGCCUCACUCGUUCAGGGUCUCGCAGUCCCCGAAUUUUACGCAGGCGCGAUGAAGUCACUCAUAUACAGUCGGGUCCUCGAGAUGGAUAUGCUGAUCGUCAUCAGUAUAACCGCUGCCUACGUCUAUUCGGUGGUCGCUUUCUCUCUCACGCACGCCGGAUUCACCUUGGAAAUUGGCGAGUUUUUCGAAACCAGCUCUCUGCUCAUCACUUUUGUUCUUCUUGGGAGGCUGGUGGCCGCCAUGGCAAAAGUAAAGGCUGUCUCUGCUGUUUCUCUGCGGUCACUGCAGGCGGAAAAGGCGCUGCUCGUUGAAUCUCCGCAAGAAACUAUUGAAAUUGACUCAAGACUGUUACAGCUUGGUGACGAUUUUGUUAUACCUGCCCACAGCCGUAUCGUGACAGACGGUUAUGUGAUCCACGGGCAAUCUUCUGUCGAUGAGUCUAUGAUCACGGGCGAGAGCGUCCCAAUACCAAAAGCAAGCGGUGAUAAGGUCAUAGCAGGUACUGUCAACGGCCCUAGUCCGCUUACCAUCCGCUUGACGCGUCUGCCCGGCAAGAAUAGCAUCACAGAUAUCGUCAACUUGGUUGAAAACGCUCUGGCGAGCAAGCCUCGCAUCCAGGAUCUUGCUGACAAGGUGGCGGGAUACUUCAUCCCAGUUGUCAUCUCGAUCGCUCUUGUUACUUUUGCGAUUUGGAUGGCGAUAGCUGUGAAGCUUCGUGGGAAAGACACAGGCGGAGCCCUCGGUCUUGCCAUCACUUAUGGGAUUGCCGUGUUGGCCGUCUCAUGUCCUUGUGCUUUGGGUCUUGCUGUCCCCAUGGUUCUGGUCAUCGCUGGGGGUGUCGCUGCUAGGAGUGGAGUUAUUAUCAAACAAGCCAAUGCCAUCGAAAAAAGCUACAAGGUCACCGACGUUGUGUUCGAUAAGACCGGUACUCUUACCGAGGCGGAUCUCGCCGUUAUCCACGAGCAGGUUUUUCCGAAUCCAGAUGCAACUCAAGAUGAGGUAUUCGCAGUGACCAAAGCACUAACCAAGGACAUUCAACAUCCAGUGUCUUUGGCGGUUGUCAACCACAUAAAGGGAACGAGCACCACCCCGACCGACAUCAAACAAGUCGAAUCCAUCCCUGGCUCGGGGAUUCGUGCAAGAUGGAAGGACUCCCUUGUCCAAGCUGGUAACCCGUAUUGGUUGAAUAUUGAGGAUCGGCCGGAAAUUGCAGCGCUCAUCGACAGAGGCAUGACCCUCUUUUGUGUGACUCUGGACAACAAACUCUUGGCUGCCUUUGGUCUGAGAAGCAGCCUCCGGGACGAAGCCUAUGCCGUCAUUGCAAAUCUCCAUCGUCGUAACAUCAAAUGUCACAUUGUCAGUGGCGACAACCCAAAAAUGGUCGAGGACGUUGCGAGCACUCUGGGGAUCCCGCUAUCCAACACGGCAGCUCGCCGUUCUCCUGGCGACAAACAGGAAUAUGUUAAAGCAUUGAUGUCUUCCGGUAGGGUCGUGCUCUUCUGUGGUGACGGAACGAAUGAUGCGGUUGCUGUCGCGCAAGCCGAUGUGGGUGUCCAGAUUGGCACUACUUCAGAUGUCACCAGAGCCACAGCCGACGUGGUCUUGUUCAAUGGCCUGGAGGGUGUGACCGCAUUACUCGACACCUCCAGACGAUGCUUCCGCCGAAUCAUGUUCAACUUUUUCUGGUCCGCGCUCUACAAUCUUUUCGCCAUCUUGCUCGCAGGAGGGGCCUUUGUCCGCGUCCGCAUCCCGCCCGCCUACGCUGGACUCGGGGAAAUUGUAAGUGUGUUUCCGGUCAUCGCUGUUGCGCUGUCGCUGUUGUGGACGAGGUAG